CGGGAAGCGGCGGCAGGGGGCGGGCCCGUAGCGCCGGGUCCAUGCGGGCGCCCGUGCAGCGCAGCGCAGCGCAGCGCGGGGUCGCCAUGGCGGAGCUGCAGCAGCUCCGGCUGCAGGAGGCGGUGGACUCCAUGGUGAAGAAUCUGGAGAGGGAGAACAUCCGUAAGAUGCAGGGCCUCAUGUUCCAGUGCAGUGCCGGCUGCUGCGAGGACAGCCGGGCGUCCAUGCAGCAGGUGCACCAGUGCAUCGAACGCUGCCACAUGCCUCUGGCUCAGGCCCAGGCCUUGGUGACGAGCGAGCUGGAGAAGUUCCAGGACCGCCUGGCCCGGUGCACCAUGCACUGCAACGACAAAGCCAAAGAUGCCAUAGACGCAGGGAAUAAGGAGCUGCAGGUGAAGCAGCAGCUGGACAGUUGUGUGACCAAGUGUGUGGAUGACCACAUGCACCUCAUCCCAACCAUGACCAAGAAGAUGAAGGAGUCACUCUCAUCCAUCGGGAAGUAAAAGUCUGCCGGUGGCCAUCGGGGCUGUGGGAAGGAAUCUAUUUUAAAAAGGAAUGGGAACUUUUGUCUUUUAUGAGUGAAAUCAUGGAAGACAGUGAGUUUAAAGCAUAUGUCACUUGCCUCUGGACACUGAUUCCUUUAUAUUUCGAUCCUUGGAAGUGAAAUUUAAAAAAAAAAAAAUGGUGCUAAAAUCUGGGUUAGAGAUACAGGGGAGUGUUUUCGAGCCUAAACUUCAUGUGGCAAGGGUUUGUGCUGGCAGUAGGGCCCUCCCUUGUACCAAGGCAGAGCCCCCCAAAGCACCAGAUUCUUCCUACCUGCACAGGUACAGUAGGCGGUGGGUUCCUCUCAUCGGCCUGAGGUCUGGUGCAGUUGGAGGAGAGGGACCUCUGUGCGCUGCCAGCCUCCUGUUUGGUUGAGCUGUCGCCACACCGUUUUCCAUACACUGUAACAAUUCCCAGGGUCACUCAUGGAAAAGGGGAAAAUAGGUGUCUGGGCUUUUGUUUUGCUCGGUUUUGUUUUAUACACAAGGGCAUGAAGUUGAUUCAAGAUGUGGAGUUGGGAGGGAGAGUAGUUUGGGAAAGAAUUUUUGAAGGACCCUGUGGACCGCAUCUUUCAACCUGGAGACGAGCAAACCGAGGAGAAGCGAUGUCACCCAGGGUGUGGGAAGCACAGCUCCACUCUCACGGAGUCCCAGGAUAACUUGCCGUGAGUUUCCCCUUGAAGGGAAAGGGGGUUUGACUGUGAUCUAUACCAAUAUCCAGGAAUGAACGGUACAAGGUGAACUGCUGGCUACAAAAUUAAGAGAGCUGGCAAGUACUGGGUUUGGAAAAACCUGAGUUUCGUGUAACAGAAUGGGAUGAAAGCCUAAACAGAGCAUUGCUUACUUAGCCCCAGAAUUAACAGAGCCUUAUUCAGACAAUCCCGUGGCGACUGGAAAGGUCAAGGGAGGAAAAGCAGGCGGCCUGGGGGAGCCUCAACUGCCUGAGAGCGGGGGAAGGGAAGGGAGCCCCCCAUUACCAGAUCCCAUCUUGUCUGAGGCCCUUGCAACACGCAGUGUUGUGCCGCAGCUCGGCACCUUAUCAUUUUUGAUAAGGACCUUGUUUGGUUUUUUAGAACUUGCUGAAAUGAUCAUAUAGCUUGUCUGUUCACUGUUGGAAUGCUGUGAUAUAUUUUCCUAGUUGUUUGGUUUUAAAGAAAAUAAAUAAGGUUUAAUUUUCUCCCCAUAA